UGCUUCCGGUUCUAAUUUGUCCAUAUUUUCAUGAUUUAUAGAUUAAAAAGAUAUGUUUGGGUUUUGUUAAUGACUUUAUUAGAAGAUAUUGAAAGAUACUUAUAUCCCAACUGACCAAAAUAACCAUCUGCUCUCUACAUUUAGCGAUUUCAACUGUUGUAGAAUUAGAGGCGAGUCAGUUAGGUUUCUCUACUCGUCUUCCGCUAUUUCAUCACGUUUCGGCAGCUUCGUUGCCGGUAUAUAAGCUCCGUUUGUGAUCUAUUUACACACAGACAGCUUCGACUGGUAUGAAAGAUUAACAAAGUUUGUACCAUUGAAUGGCAUUGCGUGGACUAAAAUAUAUUAGUGAAUCUCAGUUGACUAUUGGAUUAUUUAAAUCAGUUACUACAGUACAGAUACAACAGACAUAUAGAAUGGCUACCAAAGUAAAGAAGACACAGCCUAAGUGGACCCCUCCUAAAGGUACAGAAGUCCCACAGCUCAAGUUAUAUAACAGUUUGACAAGACAAAAGGAAGUAUUCACCCCACAGAAUGGUAAACAUGUUUUAUGGUACAGCUGCGGACCAACAGUAUAUGAUGCUUCUCAUAUGGGACAUGCCAGAUCCUAUAUAUCAUUUGACAUCUUGAGAAGAGUUCUGCAGGAUUACUUUAAAUAUGAAGUGUUUUACUGUAUGAAUAUCACAGAUAUUGAUGAUAAGGUUUGUACUGUAUAGAGAGGAAAAAGGGGGAGGGGGAAUUGUGUUCCAGAGAGAGAGAUCCUAUGUAGCAUUUGAUAUCUUGAGAAGAGUUCUGCAGGAUUACUUUAAAUAUGAAGUGUUUUACUGUAUGAAUAUCACAGAUAUUGAUGAUAAGAUUAUCAAAAGAGCAAGACAGAAUUAUUUGUUUGAGAAAUAUGUAGAAGAGAAUCACCCAUGGAAAAGAAUUAUGGAUGAUACACUCGAGGCCAUGAAGCCCUUUGCUGAGAAAGUGAGGACAGAAACUGACCCAGAUAAGAAAGCCAUGUAUGACAGAAUGUCGGAGAAGGUCAACAAAGCACUCACAGCCUUGGAGGCUGUUGUCAAUAACAAAGGUCAAGAUGAAAUCCAGCAAGCUAGAAAAGCCUUAUUAGAAGCCUCCAGAGACAUUGUUGCUGAUUGGUUGGAUAGUUUACAUGGGUCAGAGGUCACAGAUAACUCUAUAUUCACAAGUCUGCCAAGAUUUUUUGAAGAACAGUUCCAUGGAGAUAUGAAAGCUUUAAAUGUUUUACCAGCAGAUGUGUUAACAAGAGUUAGUGAAUACAUACCAGAAAUUAUAACUUUUGUACAGAAAAUUAUAGAUAAUGGCUUUGGAUAUGAAUCAAAUGGCUCUGUAUAUUUUGACACUCCUACCUUUGAUCAGAGUGAAGGACAUUUUUAUGCCAAACUUGUACCAGAAUCUGUUGGAGAUUCCAAGGCUUUAGCAGAAGGAGAAGGUGACCUGUCUAAGGAUAAAGUAACAGAGAAGAAAAGUCCAAUAGACUUUGCCCUGUGGAAAGCAUCCAAACCUGGGGAGCCAUCUUGGGAUUCACCAUGGGGAAAGGGUAGACCAGGAUGGCACAUUGAAUGCUCAGUAAUGGCUAGCAGUAUUUUGGGAGAGUCCAUGGAGAUCCACACAGGAGGGUGUGAUCUGAAGUUUCCCCAUCAUGAUAAUGAACUAGCUCAGGCAGAGGCUUACUUCCAAAAUGACCAAUGGGUGAAGUAUUUCCUUCAUUCAGGACACUUAACAAUAGAAGGCUGCAAGAUGUCAAAAUCACUGAAAAACUUUAUUUCUAUAACUGAAGCUUUAAAACAGCACACGGCCAGACAGCUACGACUACUGUUUUUACUACAUUCCUGGAAUGAUACAUUAGAUUAUGGCUCUAACAGCAUGGAAGGAGCAUUGAAAUAUGAAAAACUUUUACAGGAGUUUUUCCUGACGAUCCAGAGUAUAUUAAGAAACACUGCCUCUACAGGUGUAGCAGCUUUCCAUAAAUGGAACCCAGAAGAAGUCACUCUCAAUGCAAGAUUGAUGGACACAAGAACUAAUGUCCAUGCUGCUCUUUGUGAUAAUGUUGACACAAAGACAGCAUUAGAUGAAGUUAGAGAGCUGAUAAAGGCCAGCAAUAUAUACAUCAACAAACACAAGACUGACAAAACUCUACCCAACAGAAUGUUACUGCAAAAUAUAGCUUCAUAUAUUACUAAUCUACUCAAAAUGUUUGGUGCAAUAGAAACAGAUGAUAGCAUAGGAUUCCCUAUAGCUGGUACUCAGUCUGUUAAUAUAGAAGAAACUGUAAUGCCAUACCUUCAAGCCUUUGCACAGUUCAGAGACACUGUUAGGCAGGUUGCCAUAGAACAGAAAAUCAAACCUGUGUUAAUCCAGUGUGAUGAAGUAAGGAACCGAGUCUUGCCAGAUCUUGGGGUCCGAUUAGAGGACCAGGAUAAUGCUCCAGCAGUCAUCAAGUUUAUGGACCCAGAGACCAUCAGAAAAGAAAGAGAGUUUGAAGAGCAAAGAAAACAAGAGAAAGAGAAGAAGAAAAAAGACCAAGAGGCUGUUAAGGCAGCAAAAGAAGCUUUGGACAGAGUACCACCAGGGGAACUCUUCAAAAAAGAGACAGAUAAAUAUUCAAAGUUUGAUGAGAGGGGUAUACCAACUCAUGAUGCUGAAGGUAAUGAAUUAACAAAAUCUGCUCUGAAGAAACUGACCAAACAAUAUGAAACCCAGGAGAAGAAGUAUAAUAAACUAAUGGCUACACAGAAACCAGGAGAUGGGGAUGGACAAUAAUCUUAUAAGUGCUGGACUCUGAUCUGAUCUACAUGUUGUUUUACCACUUAUUUAUUAAAUGUAGUCAUAAACAA